AUGACGUUUGUACGGCCCAUUAAGCGGCGCAAGUCUCAAGCCAUAGUCGACAUUGCACUUGAGACGGCACUCAAGCGUCACAGUUACGGGGACCUGGUCUGUAUCGACGAUUACAGGCCACUUGAAAACGGCGACGAGAUGUGGCACAUGGGAUUUGCUAGCAACGGAGAAUUUCUCGCUACGAGCCUCGAAGGGCUUCUUCUCCAAUCGGGCGACAUGGUGCUACUUGUUGACAAGGUAGAAGUUUUCGGUCGAACUCCUAGCGAGGAUCCUCACAGGCUGGAAGUCGCCCACCCAAUAGGCAAGAGGUCUUUCAUCGUUGUCAACGAGUGGCAUGACGAGGCACAUAAGGUCAUGAUUGGUACCGUGAAGUGGAACGCGCUGGUAACACUGGCAGUUAUCUUGACGAACGGCAGAGUCAUUGUAGGCCCAAAUAACAAGUUCUUUUAUCCGCACCUCGACUCCCGUCUGUGGAUCCGAAAGGACAAGAGAACACCCCUUUUCAACACCAUGGAGCGACAGGUUCGGUCUAAAUUUGAUGUCAAGUCGACCUUUGGGGACUUUGCCGCUGUCGAUCCAUUACUGAAUGACUUCAGGACUUUACCGGUUAUGUUAAAGACGCUCUACGAGUUCAAGACGGACAAUGCAUGGUCAGGUCUCAAAGUGGGAGCAUUCGUUUUCCACCAACUAUACAACGACCAACACAAGAUUAACAAAGCUGAGGUGCAGAGUUGCAUGGAGGAGGCUCUCAAGCAGCGUAAAGACAAGCCAUGCAAGAUCCUCGACAUUGUUGGACAUAUAUUAAAUGUCAUGGCGGAGGAGGAGGGAGCCCCAGUAUCGAAAGAGGCCAACAAACAUUUGACAGAACUGGUGCCCAAGCUGAGCAGCGAGAUCUGGACUCUCAACAAGGACAAGGUCUUACCUGCUAUCGUGAAGAGGAUCGACGAGAUUCUACGAUGA